GCUCGUUAGUAAGUGCCUGCACUCCUUGAGACUGAAGCUGCACAGUCCACCCUCUCUCUCUCUCUCUCUCUCUCUCUCUCUCUCUCUAUUCAAGAGUGGUGCCUCCAUCUUUCGCGUGCGCAAGGGAAAAUCUGAGGUUUUCAUCUCUGUACAAGUAAAAUUGUAGAUCUGAUCCAUUUGGUUUUGGGUUCAGAGUUGAAAGAGAAGAUAUGGCUGGGCAAUCUGACCCUGAGCUCUCACUGUUUUCAGCGGAGGAGCUUGAGUUCAUUGCUGAGGACGAAACCGUGGAAAUCGUACCCAAUCUCAAAAUGGGUCCUCUCAAUCUCAUCUGUGGAGAUUUUGGCCCAUUUACGCCACAGAUUGUUACUCAAGUACCGCUGUGGCUGGCUAUUGCUCUCAAGAAGAGAGGCAAGUGCUCCAUUUGCCCUCCCGAAUGGAUGUCUGUUGAGAAGUUGACUAAAGUUCUGGAGGCAGAGCGAGACUCUCAAGAGAUGUCGGGGGAAUUGCCCUUUCAUUAUGUAGAAAUCUCAAGACUUCUUUUUGAUCAUGCACGUGACAACAUUCCUGAUGUAUACAUGGUGAGGUCUCUGAUUGAGGACAUCAGAAAUGUACGGUUUCAUAAAGUUGAGACUGACUUGGAGGCAUUUAAUGGUCGUACAAUUGCUGUUAAGAUCAAAAAUUUAUCUGCAAUGGAAGUGAAUAUUGUUCGCCCAUUUAUUGGAAGAGCUUUACAGGCAUUUUAUAAGCUUGAUAGUCCAGAGUUGAUACCAGACCCAGAGAGAGUUUCUGACAGACGGCCACAAGUUGUCAACAAUGCCCCAAGAAGGCAACUACGAAGAUAACUUUUUUGGUAACAUCUCUUCUACUAGAAUCGUAACUAAUAUCUGGCUGGCUUCAGAGGUACAACUUUCCUGAGAAGUACAUCACAGAUAUCUUCGCCGCUGAAUUCAUUGUAAAAGGGUAGCUUGAGACUUUAGUUGAAUCUUCAGAAAGCAAUGUUGCUCUCUCUAAAUUUUCUCAUUCUUGUUUGUUAAGAAUUCAAAAUAAAAAAAGAAAAAGAAGAAUUUCAUGGGGAUUAACAUAGUUACGCCCUUUCUACUUGUAUGUAGUUAAUUCUAUUACUAAAGUAUUUGA